GAGCACGGAGAGCCUGCGGAGCUCGCGGUCGCGAGGGUCCCCAGCCUGGGCUCCCCCAAAGACAGCCGGGCCGCCACCAGGAGCUUCACCCUCUCCAGGAGCCGCAGCCAGCUCCUCGUCGACCUGAAGUGGACCGAGGACGCAGAGCACCAGCCGGAGCCCCCCGAGGGGAUCUUGGAGCAGGCGCAGCAGGGGGCCUGCUCGGCGAAG